AAACACAGAAACAUGAGUAAAUAAGCAAGAGGGAAGAUAAAGAUGACAUGUUCGAUGGUCUCUUCCAUGCUUCUCUUUCUCCUUCUUCUUCUUGUGUUUCCGCGUAUCGAUAAAGCCUUUGGCGCACAAAUGGAAGUCCGGAAACUUAUGAGUACUAAUUCAUCCAAGUCUUACCAACCUGGUCAAAAGACGGUCGGAAGUCGCAUUCCUAUUCGUCGUCCUCCGGGUUCGAGCUGCGGAUACUACAGGAGAUGUAAGCGCACAGUUCCAGGUCUAAAUUCUCCUCCUCCGCCGCCCCCAUACGGACCUGCUCAUUGACCUCACUUUAGCUUCGAAUGCGUGCCGUCUCUAUAUAUAUACACGAAUAAUAUGUGUGCACGUUUCUUACGUUGUGGUUUGGUUUGCGGUUUCUGUGCUUCUUAUGCUG